AUGUCAUCUCAUGAAUGUCUUCCAGAUACCAUCGGCAAUGAUGAUGGUGACUCUCAUAUGACAUAUGAUCAACUAACUAAAAAUAUUGAUAAAGAAUUUACUAGUGGAAAAAACACAGUUCAACGUGAUCAAUGGAAGAAUAGAAUUGACUUUCUGAUAGCAUGUAUGGGACUUUCAAUUGGAUUAGGGAAUGUUUGGCGAUUUCCGUAUUUAUGUUAUAAAAAUGGUGGAGGUGCUUUCCUAAUCCCAUACUUCAUCAGUAUUUUUAUAGCUGGCAUACCGUUGUUCUUAUUAGAAGUGACUGUCGGCCAACUUACACGUCGGGGUGUUAUAGCUGCAUGGAACAUAUGCCCACUCUUCCAAGGUAUCGGUUAUGCAUGUACAAUGAUCAACUUCCUUCUCAACUGCUACUAUACUGUAAUAAUGGCCUGGUCAUUCCACUUUAUUUUCUCGUCGUUCACCAGUGAAUUACCAUGGACUAAAUGCGGUCAGCUGUGGAAUACACUAGCGUGUACUGUCUUCACAAAUCAAAAACCAGUAAAUGUUAGUCUGUCUGAUAAUACUACUGCUAGUCAAAUCAGUAACCGCAGUGUGUUAGCUGUUGAUGCAACUACAGAAUAUUGGGAGUAA